AUGUUGGCCAUCAGUGACGGGACGGCGUUUCAAGGCUUGCCGUCUACAACGCCUUUAGCUGGGUUCGUACACCCAAGGACCAAGAAAGUACUCACGGUGGACUGGCUCUCGACGGCGCAUCAAAAGCACAUGGACGCGCUGCGACAAGCCAUGGAAAAUAUGCACCGCGACGUAGCGGCUCGAAGCGAGAAGUUGCGGCAGCAGGCGCGAGGUCGCCGCGAGAAGAAAGCGCACGUGCGCUUAGCGAAGUUUGCGCUGGGCGAUUUUGUGCUGUUGGGAAAAAUCAUCAAGUUCCCCAACAAGUUGGCACUCAAUUGGAAAGGUCCGUACCGCGUAUCGCGGGUCGACUCGGACUAUGUGAUGGAAGUCCAACAGCUCGUGGAGCCGUUUCGGACGUCGUUUUUCAGCGAUGCUGCAUUGGACGUCACCGAUGACCUGGUGGACUACGCCGCGUUUGGCGAUGAAGGUUUUUUUGUCGAAGAACUUUUGGGCGCUUGCCGUAGCGCCGACGGAAAAUUCGAAGUGCGCGUCAAGUGGAAGGGCCUCGACGAAGAAGCUUCGUGGGAGCCAGCCCUCCAACUCUAUGAAGACAUUGCGGUCGUCCUGCGCCGCUGGAUCGUGAAGAAUGCCGGCGACGGCGUCGUCAAGGAAAUGCGCGACGACUUAGAGACGACCCUUGGCCAUUCACUUUAG